AAGUAACAGUUCAUCUGUCAAAAGUCAAAACGAAAACGUUCGGCGUUCUAUAUUUCCGCGGGUAACUUAUGUUGAGGAUUUCAGGACUACAUUAUUUGUAAUUUUUCAGAACUAUCAUUAUUUGUGUUAGUCAUUAUACUACACAAUGGGCUUGUUAGAUUUGUGCGAAAAAUAUUACAGCACUAGAAACCUAUACGAGGUGUUAAAGAUCUCAGAAAAAGCGACGGACAAAGAAGUGAAAAAAGCGUAUCACAAAUUGUCGUUGAAAGUACAUCCAGAUCGAGUUGGUGAUAAUGAUAAACUCGAAGCAACGGAAAAAUUUAAAGUCUUAGGAAGCAUUCAUGAAAUUCUCAGUGAUAAAAACAAACGGGCAUUAUACGACGAAACUAAGUCUGUUGAUGAUGAAGACUACAAUGUUAUAAUCGACAAGGAUUGGGCUGUUUAUUGGAGAGUUUUGUUCAAAAAGAUAACUGAAGAAGAUAUCAUAGCCUAUGAAAAGGAAUAUAUUGGUUCUAGUGAGGAACGUGAAGAUCUUAAAAAUGCAUAUUUAGCUGGCAAAGGCAACAUGGACUAUAUUGUAGACCAAGUACAAUUCGCCAGAACAGAACAUGAACCCAGACUGAGGGAAAUAAUAAAUGAAAUGAUAGAGAGUGGCGAGGUACCAGCUUACAAAGCAUUCACACAUGAACCAGAGAAAAAAAGACAGAAAAGGAUUGCAAAAGAAAAUCGGGAAGCUGAAGAGGCUGAGGAAUUGAAAAAAGAAAUGGGAAUGAAAUCAGGAGCAAACAGUUUGGAAAUAAUGAUAAGACAAAAACAAGAAACUAGAGCUAAACAAUUAGACUCUUUUAUUGAUGAUCUAGCAGCAAAGUAUGGAGGUAACAAGAGCAAAGCUACCAAGAGAAAAGCUCCUCAAAAGAAGGAAACAGCCACUAAAAAUAAAAGGAAAAAGUAAUAAUGUAAAAAAUUUAUUAUCAUCAACAAUGUAACAUUUGGCCACAGUCUUGAUUCAUACAGUGUCUUCCGAGAUGUUUAAACAAAAUAAAUGUGUAUUGCCAUUUGAGUGUAGACACCAUUAAUACAUACUGGAAUUAGUAGUUAUGUUAUUAAAAAUAAAAUGAAAUACUGUCUGAAUCUUAAAACUGUGAAACCAAAACUGAAAAAUUAUAUCAGUCAUAAAAAACAUUGUGUAUUUUAUAAUUAUUUAUUUUGCAAACAAAAUUGGGCUUCUCAAAUUAUUUUGUAUUAUUUUUAACAUAAUAAUUGCUUGUGAGUAGUAAAUAAAAGUAAGAAAUAUAUA